AUGGAAUUAGAAGGCAGAGGAAAAUUGCUGCAUUGUUUCAUAAUCAACAUUUACGAUAAUGGUGGCGAUUUUGAAGAUGGCGACUAUGAUGAAGACGUCGAGACACGUCCGCCACCUUAUGUGCGUGCAAACGGUGUAUCGCAUGCACAAGACGGUUUCCACCCAGCCGAUUCAAAUUCUGUGGAAUCUGACUCGCAGUUGACUACUGGCGGAGGCAGCAAACGUUCGCAGCAACUAGUUUAUAACAAUAACACUGACCAGUGUAAUGACACAUCUAUUGUAAGUCAUCGCGAAGGCACGCCAAUAGGAGAACUUACGCCACACGAGGAGAUUCUCUAUUUGCGCCGACAAUUGGCUAAACUAAAUCGUCGCGUGCUGAACAUCGAAAUCAACAAUGAGCAGCGUUUACAACGCGAAAAAAUCGUAUAUUGUUUGGGCUUAGCAUACUUUGUAUUGAAGGCUGUCUUUUGGCUAAAUCGUAAUUGGAGCUUAUGCAAUAUUUAAACGCAACAGAAGUGCAGCAGCGACGCAUUAGUUUGCCAUGCAUUUUCGUAGUAUUUUGAAAAUCGUUACAAUUUAUUAGGGAUUGACGGAGGAUGUAAACUACGAAACAUCUUAUUUGGAGGGAACGUAACGCAAAUUAUCCACUUAUUGAUAUAUACCCUGAAUUCCAAAAUGCAAAAAAUACAUACCAUCAGUCUCUUUCAUUCAAAAAUUAUUGCAGA